CCCAGAACCCAAGUUCUCAUUCCACAAAGAACGAGGCUACAUUUACUAGAAUUCAGAUAGACCCCGGCAUUAAUUCAGAUCGCCGCUGUAUAAUCCGCAUCUGUCACAGAACCAAGAAAAUCCACGUGGGUGAUGGACAUUAGCCGAUUACCCAGGUUUCGCAAUUCCCCGUCACGACGACGGGAGCAACGUGGCAGCUACUAAUUAAUUAUACACUCGCCUCUCAGUCAACCGUGUCAACUAAAGGCUGUAACCUGGAGAGACUCUAUGAGAUAUGAGAAUUAUAUGAAGGGAGACAGUGACCGAGUUAAACCAAGCUACACGACGGUUCUCAUGUGCCGCCAAGGUUCGAUGCAGCAGCCAUGCUCUACAGGAAUCGAAGAGUCGUGCUCUACAGGAAUCGGAGAAUCGUGAUCGUCCUCUGUCUCUUUGCAACCGGUAUUUGGCUCUUCAACUUGAUAAAACAGCGAGAUGCGUCCACAUCGGAAAAGCCAACAUGGCGUCGGGAUGAUCCAGCAUAUAUCCUGAACGAGACUCUCGGGUUCCAAAAGGUCUAUGUGAUAAAUCUUCCCUCCAGGUCAGACCGUCGCGACACAAUGGCUCUUGCGGGUGCGCUUACGGGAGUCAAGUUUGACUGGAUUGAUGGCGUUUAUGGCGACGAUGUUCCGGAUACAGUGCUUCCCGCCGAUAGCUUAGACAAGCGUCUCAGCAAGGGCAACAAGGGUUCUUGGAGGGCCCAUAUGAAUGCCUUGCGAACAAUCAUCGAGCUCAACCUCACCAGCGCUCUCAUCCUCGAGGACGACGCCGACUGGGACAUCCGCCUCAAGACCCAGCUCCAGGCCUUCGCCGUCGCCAGCCGCGGCUUCCUCCAACCCCUUCAAUCCGACCCCUCCAACAGCCUAUCCAGCCUCUCCCUGUCCGCCGGCGUCCACCGCACCGCCGACGACGACGACGACGUCGUCCUCCUGCCAGACCUCCCGCCCACCACGGCCCCAACCACCAGCGCCUACGGCGACGACUGGGACGUCCUCUGGCUGGGGCACUGCGGCUCCGACUUCCCCACCACCACCUCCUCCUCCCCCUCCUCCUCCCAGAACCGCGACCCCCCACUCUCCAAGCUCGCCUCCACGACCCCGGGCCGCCUCCCGCGCCUCCGCGUCGCCAUCCCGGACGACGAGACGGUCCCGGGGCGCGCGCACAUGCGGCCGCACCCGUUCGCGCUCCCGGACGCGCUGGGUGCGCUGCACGCGGCGCACACGCGGGUGGUGCACGCGGCGACGGGCACGGUGUGCACGCAGGCGUACGCGGUGAGCGCGCGCGGGGCGCGGCGCCUGCUGUGGCUGUUCGGGUCAGGGACGCUGACCGUCGGGUGGGACCUCGCGCUGCGGGACUGGUGCGAUGGGUUCUAUCGGGGGGCGGAGGCGGGGGAUGGGGACGAGGAGGCGGGCGUGCCGGCGUGUCUUACUGUGCAGCCGCCGCUGUUUAAUCAGCAUUAUGGGAAGGGGGGGAAGUCGGAUAUUACGGCUCCUGGAGGGGGGUAUUUGAAUUCGAGGAAGGAGAUGACGCCGUAUGUGAGGCUGAGUGUGAGGAUGAAUAUGGGGAGGUUGGUUCGCGGGGAUGGAGUCGAGAUGCUGGUGGAUCAGUGGCCUGACAGGGAUGGUGGUAGUAGCUAUGAACACAGCAAGCAGUACGAGACAAUGACCAGAUGA